CCAUGUUCAGACUCUGGAACAGGAACAAUAUCGCGCAAUAUCUUAGAUGUGCCGUUCUGUGACGCCAAUUUAAAUCCUAUCUGGUACAAAAUAGAUGAAAAAACCGGUGAAGAUAUUUAUACCGAAUGUGUUACGUUCGGAACUUGUGGAACAGUGUAUCCGCUAUGGAUGGAUGGCAGUAUACCAGAGACAAGUGAAGGUAUUGUUGAUAGAACUGUUUGCCAGGUAACACCGGGAAACUGUUGUAAUAGAACAUACGCCAUACAAGUGAAAAACUGUGGAGAUUUUAGGGUUUACAAGUUGACAUUUACUUAUGGUUGUUACCAAGCGUACUGUUUCAAGGCCUCAGACGAAGUCACCGAUUGUAGUGAUAAAGGCAAUUUUAAAUGUGGUGGAGGCAACACCAAAGUUUUAAUAGCCGUUAGUUUAGUUGUUGUGUUCGGUGUACUAAUUGUGGGUACUGUCGUCUGGUGUUAUUUUAGAAGAAGACCAAGUAGCAUGCGGAAGCCAAUUUUGUCAAACGAAAAAACGAACAAUAGCAAUAGUCAGCCACCUAUUGUCCAUAUCAACGAACCCGCACAUGAUUUUUCAGUCGAAUCAGUGUUUUAAGACUUAUAUAUAGCCGUAUUAUCUGGCAUAGCUGUCUAAAACAACAUUUUUUUUUGCA